AUGUCAGAAGAAAGCACCCAUAUUGUAUCCUCAAACGGCCAGGACGACUACAUUGAAGCUACCGAAGUGGCUGAAGAGGUUGCGCCUAUCACAGACGAUGCUCCAGAGCCGGUGGAUGAUGACUCCGACGCUGAGAUGGUGGACGAGGAUGAAGCGGGCGAGUACGACGCUGAAGGCAACCUCACGAUUGACAUGUCUAACAACUCGUGGGGUUACUUUGAUCAGCACAGCGACUCCAUCUUCACCGUGUUCACCCACCCAACCUUGCCGCUUGCAGUCACCGGAGGCGGGGACAACACCGCGUACAUGUGGACCACCCAUAAGCAGCCGCCACAGAUGGUGACGGAGUUGAAGGGCCACAAGGAGUCUGUUAUUUGUGGUGGGUUCACCUUUGACGGCGAGUUUGCCGUUACCGGUGACAUGAACGGGAAGAUUCUCAUCCACCAGCUGGCCAAGAAGGGUCAGCAGUGGCAGCUCUUUGCGGAGUUGGAGGAGGUGGAAGAGGUGUGUUGGAUCGUUACUCACCCUACCCAGCCGGUUUUUGCGUUCGGUGCCGCUGAUGGCUCCGUCUGGGUCUACCAGAUCACUCCGCAAUUGGAGCAGAUCAUGUCUGGGUUUUCGCACCAGGAUGUGUGCAACGGAGGCAGAUUUGUCAACGUAGAAGACUUGGACUCCUUGACCUUGGUGACCAUCUCCGAAGAUGGCUCCAUCGUCUCUUGGAACUGUUUCACAGCUCAGACCAACUACAAGAUCGGCCCAACCGAAUUGAAGGGGACGUCUCCGCCGUGGGUCUCCAUCUCCUUGCACAACUCCCAGAACAACAUCAUGGCGGUGGGCUCGCGCGACGGGCAAUUGGCCAUUGUGAACUCCACCAACGGCACCAUCUUGACCUUCUUCAAGGUCAUUGUCUUAAAAGAGGACCAGGACGAAUCCGAGGCAUCCAUUGAAGCCUUGUCGUGGUGCGACGUCCAGCCGAUUAUCACGGUCGGGCUCGUCAGCGGCGACGUCAUGUUGCUCGAUACCAAGACCUGGAGAGCUAGGAGAACCAUCUCCGUCGACGACACCAUCACCAAGUUGCAGUUUGUCGCUAAUUCGCCGUUACUCAUUGGUUCGUCUAUGAACGGAAAGAUCUACAAGUGGGAUUCCAGAACCGGUGAAGAGUUGUUCGUCGGUGUCGGCCAUAACAUGGGGAUUUUAGACUUUGCUGUCAUCGAAGGCGGUAAGAAGUUGCUCACCGCUGGUGACGAGGGUGUUUCGCUUGUCUUCUACAACGAGUAG